AUGGCUGCCAGGAACCGCCCAGUGUCAACAAGGAUCCUUUCCUGGCACUCGAUCAAAUCUGGGCCUCCGUUCGAAGAAUUAAUCCCCGACCUCUUUGCCCGGAUUCCUCGUGAUGGAGUGACGGUGGUGGAUCUGCAGGAUCUCUUCUUUCGCUACACUAUCGAUUCAGCCACCGCAUUCCUGUUCGGUCAAUCGGUCGCCAGCCUGAAGAUGGACCAGUCGGAGCUUGGCUUUGCUCAGGCCUUCAACUACUCCCAGGAGGCCAUUACAUUGCGUUUCAUUCUGGGCCCAUUAGGCAGAAUCUUCCCUCACAAGAAGGCAGAUAAAUGUUAUCGUCUAUGCCGGGACUUUGCUGCGCGGUUCGUCGACGAGGCAGUCCAAGCAGCCCAGUCCGAGGGAGCCGAUGGAACUUCGGAGACAAAGCAUGAGAGGUAUAUCUUCUCUCAUGAACUCGCACGACGCACGUCUGAUAAACGCCGCAUUUUGGACGAGCUCAUGAACGUUCUGCUUGCUGGCCGUGACACUACUGCCGGCCUAUUGAGCAACAUGUUCUUCAUGUUGGCUAAGCACCCAGAAGUCUGGGACAAGCUGCGCCAGGAAGUGGCUACCUUGGAGGGCCGAUUGCCCUCGUAUGAGGAGCUUCGUAACCUGAAGUAUCUCCGGUGUUGCAUGAAUGAAUCAUUACGAUUGCAUCCAGUUGUACCAGUAAACGGGCGCAUUGCACUGAGAGAUACAGUAUUGCCGAAGGGAGGAGGCAAGGAUGGUCGCUCGCCGGUCUUCAUGCCCGAAGGGUCCACAAUUGAGUACAAUGUAUAUGCGAUGCACCGGCGGAAAGAUAUCUAUGGAGCCGAUGCAGAUGUUUUCCGCCCGGAGCGCUGGGAGAAUGGACAAUUGCAGCCUCGCUGGGAGUACCUUCCCUUCAAUGGAGGUCCACGCAUUUGUCUCGGUCAACAGUAUGCGCUGACUGAGGCCGGAUAUGUCACUGUUCGCAUGGCCCAAGAAUUCCGGACCUUGAAAAGCCAGGAUCCAGGACCGUGGGAGGAGGCAUUGACCUUGACUCUGUGCUCACGGAAUGGAACGAAGGUGUCUGUCACACCGGCUUGA